GUGUGCGUGAGAGAGAUACAUAUAUACAUAUAUAUCUGUAUCUAUAAAUUUAGAUACAGAUUAAUUAUUUUUAUUAUUUUGCCAUAAAACACAUACACUCUCUUGUCUCUUUCACCAUCACUAUGAUGUCUUUAAACACUUCUUCCUCUUUUGUGAAGAAUUCGAUAUCCGGUGUAUCGAGGACACAAUCACAGGCAUGGAAGUUACCGGUGAGGAGGCGGCAGAUGGUGGUGGUAGGUAUGGUGAACAGUAAUAACGGAAGAUCAUCGGAGCGAAGCAUAAGCGUCUCCGUAGAUAGCGCGGUGAAGGAUGUGAGUGCACCGGUGGCAGCCGUCGAACCGGAGGAUAGUAAUAAGCUUACGACAGCUGUUGGUGGCGGUGUUGAAGACGUGUAUGGUGAAGAUAGUGCCACUGAAGAGCAUUUUAUUACUCCUUGGUCUGUUUCGGUUGCUAGUGGCUAUUCGUUGUUGCGAGACCCACACCAUAACAAAGGUUUGGCCUUCACUGAAAAAGAACGAGAUGCCCAUUAUUUACGCGGUCUUCUUCCUCCAGUAGUUGUCGGUCACGAUCUUCAGGUCAAAAAGAUGAUCCAUAAUAUCCGCCAAUAUCAAGUACCUUUACAGCAAUAUCAAGCCAUGAUGGAUCUUCAGGAAAGAAAUGAAAGGCUAUUCUACAAGCUGCUAAUUGAAAAUGUUGAGGAGCUUCUACCAAUUGUAUAUACUCCAACUGUUGGUGAAGCUUGCCAAAAAUAUGGGAGCAUUUUCAAGCAUCCACAGGGUCUAUUUAUUAGUUUAAAAGACAAAGGGAAGAUCCUUGAGAUAUUGAAGAAUUGGCCUCAGAAAAAAAUUCAAGUUAUAGUUGUCACGGACGGUGAGCGGAUCUUAGGGCUUGGAGACCUUGGCUGCCAGGGAAUGGGCAUACCUGUCGGAAAGCUCUCUCUCUACACGGCUCUUGGAGGAAUUCGCCCCUCAGCUUGUUUGCCGAUAACCAUUGAUGUCGGUACCAACAAUGAGAAGAUGUUGAACGAUGAAUUCUACAUUGGUCUAAGGCAACGUAGAGCGAGUGGACAGGAGUAUGCCGAACUGAUGAGUGAGUUCAUGUCUGCUGUGAAGCAAAAUUAUGGGGAAAAGGUCCUCAUCCAGUUCGAAGAUUUUGCCAACCACAAUGCCUUUGAUCUUCUUGCAAAGUAUAGCACCACCCAUCUUGUUUUCAAUGAUGAUAUACAGGGGACGGCAUCAGUGGUGCUUGCAGGCCUUAUUUCUGCUCUAAAACUAGUUGGUGGAUCCCUAGCAGACCAUAAAUUUUUAUUCCUUGGAGCCGGAGAGGCUGGCACAGGUAUUGCUGAACUUAUAGCUCUCGAGAUAUCAAAACAGACAAAUGCUCCGUUGGAAGAGACCCGCAAGAAGGUUUGGCUUGUGGACUCGAAGGGUUUGAUCGUCAGAUCCCGCCUAGAUUCUCUUCAGCAUUUCAAGAAACCAUGGGCCCAUGAUCACGAACCUGUUUGUGAUUUCUUGGAUGCCGUCAAGUCAAUCAGGCCCACGGUGUUGAUUGGAUCAUCAGGAGCAGGACAAACAUUCACUAAAGAAGUUGUUCAAGCUAUGUCGUCCUUUAAUGAGAAACCUAUUAUUCUUGCUCUUUCGAACCCGACUUCACAAUCAGAAUGCACAGCUGAGCAAGCUUAUACAUGGAGUGAGGGGCGUGCAAUCUUUGCCAGUGGCAGUCCAUUUGCCCCCGUUGAAUACAAUGGAAAGCGCUACGUAUCGGGCCAGUCCAACAAUGCAUACAUCUUCCCUGGUUUUGGUCUGGGAUUGAUAAUUUCUGGUGCAAUCCGUGUUCAUGAUGACAUGCUGUUAGCAGCUUCCGAGGCUCUGGCUGAACAGGUUACACAGGAGCAUUUCGACAAUGGGCUAAUAUACCCACCAUUCACUAACAUCCGCAAGAUCUCUGCUCAUAUUGCCGCCAAGGUGGCAGCCAAAGCUUAUGAACUUGGUUUGGCAAGUCGUCUCCCCCAACCAGAAAAUCUUGUAGCACAUGCUGAAAGCUGUAUGUACAGCCCCAAAUAUCGCAACUACCGUUAGAUUAAGUGAAAAAUUUGUCUCGAUCCGAUCCUAGUAGUUGUUUUAGAGAGCCUUUUGGUGAUAUUAGGUGCAUGUUGUAUUGUUAGGCAUGUAUGUGUGUCUGUUGUGAUUUUGUCUUACAUUGACACAAGUUAUAAGGGAGAUUUCAGUGAUUGUAGGCUCGGUGUUGUCGUUUAUUGAGUAAAUCAAACAUGCAACUAACUUUAUCAUUUUCAAUCAUCAAUAUACAACAUGAUAAAAAGUAUUUCA